AUCAAAGGAUAACUAUUCUGGAUGAGGACGGAAACAUGCCUCAGAGAAGCUCAUUGGAACUAGAGAAGGAGGCUUCUUCGACGAAAUGCCCACUGUGCUUAAGUCCCCGCCAAAAUCCCACGGCAACGCCUUGCGGUCAUGUGUUUUGCUGGACUUGCGUCGCGGAAUGGUGCAAUGAGAAACCCGAAUGCCCACUCUGCCGAGCUCCAGUACUGCACUCUAGCCUCGUCUGCGUGUACCAUGCAGAUUUCUAAACAAGAGUGUGCUACGCGCAUGCUUCCGAGGCGUCAUUGUUGACUGUCAUCUUUGAACCAGUCCCAACAUUUGUCCUUUGUAUCGUCCGGGGAUAUGAGGCAUUGAUGGAAGUGAAAGCGCUUGUGCUGGCAUCCCUGCUAAGUUUUCUUCGUCUUGCUGCGGGACAGAGCUUUACACUGAGCUCAGCAUCCUUCAAUUCAGAGGAGCGUGGUUAUUUAAGUUCAGGGGAUGCCACUUACGAGCCGUCGUGCGGCUGUGUGCACCUGACAACAAGCGAGUGGAAUCAACAGCCUGUCAACUCUUCCGGCCGGAUCGUCUACAGGCACCCCUUUGAUUUUCGUGACGACUCGCUGCGCGGCGUGGCCUCUUUCAACACCUCUUUCACUUUCCAGAUCGUGCGAGUUUUUGAGGAUGGCAACUCUGGGAUUGGACCUGGGGCCGGAAUGGCGUUUAUGCUGGUUCCUGAAGCAAACAUGAGGCUACCGAAAAACAGCUAUGGGUUUUACAUGGGGCUUUUGAACGAAACCAUGCAAGGAAACAACUCGACGCAUAUGCUAGCUGUGGAAUUUGACGAUGUGCUCAACACAGAUGUUGGAGACCCCAGCGCAAGUCACGCAGGGGUGGAUAUCAACAGCGUCAUCUCGGUCGCCACUGCCAACUUGACAGGAGAGUUCAACCUGACGGCAAACUAUACGCUGACUGCUUGGAUUGAAUACGACGCUACGACGGACUGCCUGGAAGUUAGGAUGGCAAGGAACAGUACGGAAAGGCCGCGCGAGUUCCUCCUCAGGACGAACUUCAGCUCCCGGGGCUGGAAACUGUCGGGUGUAUUGAAUCAAGAGCGGAUGUACGUGGGGUUUUCGGCAGCAACGGGGCAGGAUUGCUUCCAGUUUCACAGGCUGUAUGCCUGGAAUUUUACAAUGUCCCGGGUGACGAAGUGCAAUGGCGUGGACUGUCCAGUGGUGAAGGUUCUGGUCGCGCUUUCGGUGGCUCUUGCUCUGGCCUUGAUGGUGGCACUUGCCAUGGUUGUGGUCUUUCGACGUACCAAAAAGAUCGCCUACACCAUUCACAUGCCAGAGUCCGUUGGCAUCACUCGGUUCUCAUUCAAGGAGCUUCGGUCUGCCACCAGAGGAUUCUCCAAAAAGCUGCUGCUGGGCCGCGGAGGUUUUGCCAGCGUCUACAAGGGCACUCUAAAGGAUAGAACCGCGGUCGCGAUCAAGUAUUUGAACAGGGACAAGGCGGAAGCAGACUCGGAAAACAGCAUCGCACAGUUUGUCGCGGAGAUACGAGUGAUUGGUCAGCUCCGGCACCGGAAUCUCGUGGGACUCAAGGGAUUCUGCUUCGAGAGAGCAAAGUUUUGCCUCGUCUACGAGUACAUGCCAAAUAGGAGCUUGGACAAGCACCUGUUUGAUCCGAAGGGCAAGCUGGAGUGGCAUCAGAGGCUGGCUAUCUUGAGAGGAGUAGCGGAAGGUCUGGCAUUUCUUCACGAAGGGUGGCAACAGCGCGUUCUCCAUCGAGACGUCAAGGCAGCCAAUGUUCUACUAGACGCAUCUUUUGGUGCCAAGCUGGGGGACUUUGGCUUCUCCAAGCUGGUAGAUCACGGAACGGGCAGCUGGUACAUGACAGCAGUGGGAACAACGGGAUACAUGGCACCGGAGCUCUACACUGGAAGAGCAACCGAAAGAAGCGACGUCUACAGUUUUGGGAUCCUGGCUCUGGAAGUGGUGAGCGGCCGACGAGCUACGUCGCUGAGCAAAGACAAGAACGACGAGGACAGCGUGCUACUUGACUGGGUGCGGGAGUUGGCUUGCGAUGGGCGGGACAUGGAAGCCGUGGAUCCCAGGCUCCAUGAAGCAGCAGCAAGAGCGGAGGACAUAGUUCGCGCAAUUCGCCUGGGACUACACUGCUGUCAGCUGGAGGCGUAUAAGCGGCCAACCAUGCGGGCGUGCUGCCAACUUUUGCAGUCGAAUGCUGCGUGCCUGGAAGCGCCUCCGAUGCCAGCCAUUGUUUCCAGCCCUUCCGUCAGAGGCUUGAGCCUCGACGGCAGCGGCGAAGGCUUCAACGUCGAUGAUGAUGCAAAUCACUCGUCAUGAGCUGUUUAGAUCUGAAUCCGGCUGCUCGGAAGAUGUGUUUUGGACGACGCCGCUGAGUGAUGAACAGUGAGCAUUUGUCGCGUUUGA